UGGUUGUCGAAGAGGAAGAAGGCGUGACUAUACGUGCACACACAACCACAACAAUAUCGAACAGAGCACACAGGACACAAACACAGCGAGGAAUGUCACAUAUCAAACCCAGAUCGCGUGCGUCGGGCGUAUUAUUAACAGUUUGCUGGCUCACGUGCGGAUAGACGUCAACCGAUGUUAGAAAUCAACGGGAACAGACUUCUCUCCUUUCCGAGCUGGAGGUCCGCGCCUGUAGCAACAACAACAGCAGCCUCCAGUCGGUGGAAGCGAGCGAUGAAACGGACACACCGCCAGUGCGCACCGUGAACGAUUUGUAGUCUAUGGAGACGAUUUGUGGGAUUACGAGUUCAACAAGUUUACACGAUUAGCGUCGCGUUUUUAGUCGCCAGCACACAGCGCGUGGACAAGUCGGAAACUCACCCGCCAUUGAAAACAAGUAAGCUCGUCUGAACCCUGACAAUCUGAGGCAGUUAGACUCAAGUGCCUCUCUCACUACUGGUCCCCACCCCAGGUGUGACAAGUCCGUACGACGUCACAAAUGCGACCAUGGGAAGUAGCAGUGAGUAGGCGGCCAUCAACAGCCCCCUUAAACCAGAGGAGGGUCAUCGGGGAGCCUUGUAUCACCCCUCUGCACCUCAGGAGAAGUCCUCCAGUGCGACGUCAGUGGGGGCAGCAAAAUAGACCCGCUGUGCAUGCUUCCCUGCAUCAGGAUGAGAACUUCCAUCACCCGGUCUUCUCCCAGCAUCAGCAGAUUCCUUUAGAUGAGUCCAGGCAAUACAGUCACACCACUGCAUCUCCACGCAUGCUGCAUACUGCCACGCAACCCCCCCAGCAGAGCUCCAUCAUGGUGGAUCUUCACGAACAGAUGCAUCAAGGAUCAGUACCCAUCUCUUACACAGUUACCACGGUGACGACCCACGGUUUUCCCAUCCACACCGGUCAACCUAUCCCAGCCUGCAAUGCUCAGCAGCUCCCAGCAUGCUCGGUAAUGUUCAGCGGACAGCUCUCUCUGCUCUGCUGCCUUCCUCCUCCACUCAUUCAGGCCUGCACCAUGCAACACCUGCCCAUGUCCUAUCAGCCGUUUCCACCACUGAUCUCCAGUGAGCAUUUUAUACUGCAUCCAAGUCCACCGGUGCCCCCCCACCAGCCUCCUCACCUGCCGCCACUCAAUCAGUUUGUUCCCCUGCAACCGCAGCACCCGCGCAUGCCACUGCAGAGGGUCGAGAAUGAAGUGGAUCUGCGGGGAGACCAGCAUCCGUUAGGAACGUUCUCCUAUCCUCCUGCUCACCAUCCACCAGCAAUGACCCCCUCCCUCCCCCUGCAGUACCUCCCCCAGGAGCCCCUCCACCAAGAGCUGCCCUACGGAGUGCCAUAUCCUCACCUGUUGCCGAGGCGUUUGACUGGGCAGAGGUAUCGGUUACAGCAGCCUCUACCUCCACCACCCCCUCCUCCACCGUACUACCCCGGCUUCUUACCCUACUUCCUCUCUAUGCUUCCUGUGCCUCCAACUGCUGUGGGUCCUGCUAUUAGUCUGGACCUGGAUGUAGAUGAUGUGGAGAUGGAGAACUAUGAGGCGUUAUUAAACCUUGCAGAGAGGCUCGGUGAAGCAAAACCUCGGGGUCUCACAAAAGCUGAUAUAGAGCAACUUCCGUCCUACAGGUUUAAUUUAGAAAGUCAUCAAUCUGAACAAACUCUGUGUGUCGUAUGCUUUAGCGAUUUUGAGUCAAGGCAGCUACUUCGAGUAUUGCCCUGUAACCAUGAAUUCCACGCGAAGUGUGUGGACAAGUGGCUAAAGACUAAUCGCACCUGUCCAAUUUGUCGAGCCGACGCAUCUGAAGUUCACCGCGACGUGGAAUGAGUUCAGGUUUUUGUCCUUCACUGGGAAGCAGCACAAAUCCUCGCGUGUGUUUUGCGAGUGGGGACACCUGUUCUCCAGCCAAACGCAAAUCUACUCCCACCCCGCUAUAACCCCACCUCUACAAUAAGCAAUCUUGGAAUUUAUAUGGAACCUGUUUGACCUCUGCUGUGCAUCAUCGUGUGAGUUACAUGAAAGCUACUGCCUACUAUAGCCACUUCCGAGUUCUGGAAUCGUGACCGUUGUUUCUAUCAAACGUUUUUUUAUUUUAUUUUCCCUGCCCAUGUUUUCGCAGAUUCCAAAGAUAACCUGUAAUACGUGUUGUGUUGGCAUAUUUGUUUACACGAUAGAAUAUUCUCUAGCUGUUUGAUCACGACUUACAAUUGUGCAUUGGUGUCGUAGGGGUCGCGGGGGUUGGGCCUGAAUGAUGCUUGUUGUCGGCUUUACUGUGCAAUCACAUACGUUCGUGGUAAGACUUGAGGACGGUUCGCAGAUGCCACGGCCGCCCGGCUGGUGAACGACCAUCAUAGAUGCAUGUACCGAGGGACUUGUUAAUAAUCUAUGUUUUGCAAUAAUGUAUCGAUCAUUUGAAUAUCUUAUUCCCGAUUUCUCUUUUAUCUGCGAAUGCUAUUGUGAAGGUGUGACUUUCAUCGGUUUAAAAAAGUUCAAUGGCCUGAGGUUGAAGACAAAAAAGAGGUAAACAAACAAAAGGACUGACUGGGCUUUUAGCGCGGUCGAAGAGACAUUGAGGAGCAGAGCUCGGUGAGGAGGUCACGGGGAGACGUGGCUGUUUUUGCUGUUCGCUGGCAAGGGCAAAUAGGACUGGCCCGUGGAACACAGGGAUGAGAACACUGCACACUGCCUUUGCCAGCCUUCACCUGGCUGCACAACUUCCGUCUGUUGUGGACCGGCCCUCUUCAACACGAUUCAUCACUCAGCUGUCGGCUAGAUCUCACAGGCCUCGCACGGACUGUUCUUUUAGACUAGCAAUAUUUUAAUUAUCAAGAUCCGCCGACGCUAACAAAAAGAGGAAUGUCGAGCAGAGACUGAGAGGGGGAGCGGGGCUCGGGCGGCCUCCAUCUUGUCAUUUUCACACCUCUGAAUUAACAGCGCAGGCCAGGAGAUCUCAUUCGCCUGUCCAGACUUUGGAUUGGGUGUAACACUUUGCAGAAAGCAAUACGUGCGAUGAGUGUGUGAGGUGAACGGAAACAUUGACCUGAUUUUCAAGGAGUGGGCUUUUCCCCUCAUUCGUGAGCCAAAUAAUCAACAUACUCAAGAUCUCAGCUCUGCCUUCUCAAGACCUUGACAAGCACAAACCUGUUACUAAUCCUCAAACAUCCUUUGUCAGUUCCUCUUUGUUUCUUUUUUACGUGGUGUUAUUUAUUGGUUUUAUCUUCUGAGGGAGUUUGAAGGAUUCGGUUGGGCAUCUUUCAUGCGUUUUGGUUUGCCUCCCGCUGUCAGGUCUCAGGCCGUGUUCACAGUGUAAUGUGAUGUGAAAGAAAAAAAAAACAUUGUAUGCAUAGCCUUGGCGUGAAAGUUUGAAAUUAUCGUCUUGUUUUUAAGACAAAAGAAUGUUGAAACCCUCUGUAUUUCUAGUUAAGCCCUUUCCUGUGUGCCAGUUGACUGUAGUCGUGCCACUCAGAUCCCAGACAGGAGACGGUGGAGAUGGAGCGUAAGGGUCGCUAAAAAAGAAAAGUAAUGCACUGUAAAACGCUCGACUAAUGGUUGACUCGAUUCCAAAAACAACCCCGAACUUCUUUGUUCGGGGGAAAACUAUGAACUAUUUGGGUUAAAUUUUUUUCCCUAAAAACUUUAAUUAUAGGACUUUUGAAUACAUACGUACAUAUAUAUAUAUAAAUCUCUAUAUAUAUAUAUUUCUGAGUUGUUUGUCCACUGAAUAGUCAUUGUAAUUAAUAGACACACUGGCUUUUCUCGGGUAAAGGGACUCUUUUAGAGAAUGUGAGUAUAUUGCAUUUGCGUGCCAGGUUUUAAAAAACAAGCCAUUGUAAUGAAUUUAAUCCACACUUUUGAUAAGUAAUCUAUGUAUACAUAUCUGUUCACUGGCAUAUAUUUUCAGUAUAAAAGAAAAUCACUCAGGGCCUCUCGGUAAUGAAAAAUAAAGGAAAACAGUCCAUUUCAAAUGGGAUUGACGCCAUGGACAUACAUUUGGGUAUUUUGGGUUGUUUUCCUCAGGCCGUGCAUAUUUUAAAUGUAAUCAGCUGAACUAAUAUUCCUUUUUUAAAUGGUGGUGAAUAUUAUUCCAUUAUACGACUGGCAUGCAAAGAAAAAAAAGAAGAAAAAAACAGACGACGUGACAUGUUGUAUUGAAUGAGAAUAGGCUUUUCGUCACUGCAGCCAAUCAUACGCGUAUGUUACUCGAACCUGUUUUACAGCAGUUGCGUUCCUGUGUUGUCGUACUUGAACCACACUUAAAGGUUGUAAUCCCAUUUAAAACGGUGCCGCGGCGCACACUGUCCUACCUAGACCACUUCCAAGACUAUUCUUACAGUGUUUGCAUGAUUUAAGGAGAAAACAAAAAAAUGCGAGAAAAAAAGACAAAAAAUGAAAUCUGUAUUUUCAGUGAAGGAUAUAGACUGGGUGGGCAAGUAUUUUAAUUGUGCACAAUAUGCAUGCAUGUCUAACCAGGUCCCGGCUGGUUUUUAGGUAGAUCUAGUUGGCUUUGGGUUCUGGGUGUAGGGGACUUUUGCUCAGCUAAUAACUGCCAUGCACUGUACUGCACACAUUUGUAACAGAAUCGAAUGACUACAAGAUUUUAUCGUGCUUGUACUUGCAAAAGAAAAAAUAUAUAUAUCAAAGAAUUCAAUGGAAAAAUAAUAUAGGACAUUAGACGUUGACAAAGCUUGACGCCAGCGAGAAGAAAGCAGCUUUGGAGAUGUGAUCAAUUCGGAUCCUCACAACAUUCACGCUUCUAUAUUGUCGCCUCAGUGCGACACACUUGCCUGGAAUCUAGAGAACGGAAAGCCAUAUAGUAAAAAGGUGCUAGAUAUUCUAUAUUUAGGUGUAAUGCUACAUUCACAUAAGAGAAUGCAAUAGUUUGUUAUGGGUCUCUGUUCAUACAGCAUGCAGUGCUACUUGUACCCUUACAGUGGUCAGCAACAGUUAACAUUUUCAACAGGGAUUACGAUUCAAAAAUCUAUUUAGCUUUACUCGUACGUGCCGGUAGACAGUGACCGUUUCCAAAUGCAUCUACGAUGAUAUUAUUUUACUGCCCGAGUGAUCAGAUCAAGUACAUCUGCCUUAAAUGGAAGUAUCGUCUGGGGGAAAAUGGCGCUGUCACUCGUUUACCAAAACGGUGGAAAACACAUGUACCUGUUGUACGGUUCUGAUCAACCUUGAGCAUCCGUAAUUGUUUGAAAUAUACACGCAAGCACUUUUGCUUGGGGUAACUGGCUGUGGGCUAUUUCUAAUAUAUCUUUGUUUAGAUUUCUAAAGGAAUUUUUCACAAUAAUCACGAUUCCUUGAAAACCUCAGUGUUACCUGUAAUGAAUUACUAAAAAGAGAAGAAAAAAAUCAAACUACGAGUUAUGAUAAAUAGGAUCUUGUAGUCUUUCUGUGAUUCAACUAAUAAAUAAUCUCACAGCUUUUGUGGUGGAAAAUUGUGUUCCAAUAAGCAGCUAAAUACUUUAGGGUUUGUGAUUUGUUGACUGCUCCAUAGACGCCACUGAUUGUUUACCAAUGAUUUCUUGCUGUGGUGGGAUAGUGGAUUGUUUACUGUUAUAUUCUCCUCCUGGCCUUUAGGGCUCAGUCAUUGCCUGAAUUCCAGACUACCCAGCCGACGACAGGGCCAGGGGCAUGUGUUCUGUGUUAGGAAGAUAUUUUGCUUUGGUACUUGCACAUUUACAGUUACCUCAUUUUUGCCAUGUUUGUAUUUGGAAGAAAAAAACAAUAAAAAAAUAAAAUAAAAAGCUAAUAUAUAUUAUAUAUAGCAAAUGGUUCUUAAUGCUCUAAUUUUUUCAUUCCAUUGGAAUCAUUGUUUGUAGCAUUUAACAUCACUAGUUAUAGUGUAUUAUAAAUACAUCUGUAUACUGAUUGAAAUUUUUAAGAUUUGUACUUUUUUUAAAUGAAAGUUGCUAGUUCUGCUUUACCGAGUAGUGCAAUCAUAUUUUUUUUUAAUUGUGGCUGAUUGGAGAGGGUUGUUCACUAAUAAAUGUGUGAUAUAUACUCAUACUACACUGACUAAAGGAAUCACUGCUUUGAACGUAUUGCACAAUACAGAUAUGUUUGCAGCUCGGUAACUUGUCUUAUAUGGUUUCUGUGCCACGAGAACCUCAUGAUCUGUGGUACACAUUUUAUCCCAAAAUAAAAAUGAAGCAGUUUGCAUCAUGAAAUUAAUCUUGUUUUUAGGAAUACUCACAUUGAAUAUUGUUUGCGGUGUAGGUGAUCAGUUUUAUUACAUAGCAUCAGAAUGUAUUAAAGGCAGUACAACAGUUACUUUAUGAAUCUGUACGUAAUAAAUACUUUGCAUAACAGUCAUGACAAUUAGGGAAUAAAGCUUAUGUCAUAAAAUUGAUAUCAAAAUCUUAAUUGUUCUUUUUUUUUUAAAUGAUGCCGAUACAGCCACAAAAAUAAUUAAAAUCAAUUUCAGUGUUUUUAUGUUUUAUUUAUUGGAAGGGUUAAGGUAAAUUGGUCCUUUUUGUUUCAUUCUGUGUAACAAUAUUUCUCCCAAAUUUCAAAUAAAAAGAUUUGUAUUAGCAGAAAAUGAAAACUGGAGAAACAGGUCAAACUAACAGAAAAGAUGCUCUGUAUUUUUUCAGACCUCAAAAACUGCAAAGAAAACGAGUCCUUAUUCAUUUAGUAAUAUGUGUAUUUCUAAAAAAUGUUAUGACCUCGAUUUCCCAUGUGUCUUUUCAUGCUGUCAGUCUUUCACAUUUAUGUUAGAUGACUUUACAUCUCUCCUGAGGUUUGAUUUUGUUAAAAUUCAGACAAUGGACUGGAAUGGCCACAAAACAUCUAGAAAUGCUGAUUAAAUAAAAAUUUGUAAUGGUCUCUUUUUUUGUAAUUUGGGUUGAAAUGACAUUCUUUACCGAAUGUAAUAAAAGUGAUCACAAAGUUUUAAACAUUAUAUAUAUAUACACACAAGCUUUAUACAAUAAAGAUUAAAGCUCUG